AUGAAGUCUGCAAGAGCCGUGGUAGCUGCGAAUCACUCUGCCGCAAUGGCGCGCGGCCAGGCAAACGGGUCCCUGACCCAGGAAUACCAACGCCCCCCUUCACGCACUAUUACAGGUUUGAGACGGUGGUCAAUAAUCAAUCGAGAUCUGCCACCCGUGCCGCACGUGAAAGCGAUCCAUGUCUACGACUUCGACAACACAUUGUUCCAGAGUCCUCUCCCUAAUCCACAGUUAUGGAACGGGCCGACCAUCGGUUUUCUUCAAGCCUACGAGAGCUUCGCAAACGGGGGAUGGUGGCAUGACCCGAAUCUACUUGCUGCCACUGGGGAAGGUGCUGAGAAAGAAGAAGCUCGUGGCUGGGAAGGAUGGUGGAAUGAGCAAAUCGUACAAUUGGUCAAGCUCAGCAUGCAGCAGAAAGAUGCAUUGACAGUGCUACUCACUGGCCGAAGCGAGGGCGGCUUUGCAAGCCUUGUCCGGCGAAUAGUUGACAGUAGGAAACUGGAGUUUGACCUCAUUUGCCUCAAGCCGGAGGUUGGGCCAAACAGCGAGCGGUUCUCAACUACCAUGGAGUUCAAGCAAUCUUUUCUUGAAGACCUUAUUCUCACAUAUAGCCAGGCCGACGAAAUACGUGUUUACGAGGACCGUGUGAAACAUGUUAAACAUUUCCGAGAGUUCUUUGAGCAGCUGAACCGGAGGUUUCAGACUGCGCAGAAUCCCUCUCCCAGAAAAGCAGUUAAUGCGGAAGUGAUACAGGUAGCGGAAGGGGCUGCGUUUCUGUCGCCGGUGAUUGAAACAGCCGAAGUACAACGUAUGAUCAAUUCUCACAACGAUGCUGUCCGCAACCGGUCAGGCAAUGGUACAAAGUCGCCGUAUGGCCCCCUGUGCAUUAAGCGCACCAUCUUCUACACCGGGUACCUCAUAUCAAAUGCGGACUCGAGUCGCUUGAUCAGUCAAACACUGAACCCAAUGCUGCCCUCGGGGCUUGCUGAUUCUAAUGACCUUAAGUACAUGGCUAACAGUAUACUAAUCACGCCUCGCCCUGCGCCUCGGUCAAUUCUAGACAAGGUCGGCGGUCUUGGUAAGAAGCUGAAGUGGAAGGUUACCGGCACUGCAGUCUUUGAACAUAGAGUCUGGGCUGCUCGGUUAACUCCGGUCCCAGCAACAGAGAAGUAUUACACAGAAAACCCACAGCCCGUGGUAGUCUUAGCUGUGCGCAAAGGUGCCCGUCCUAUUGACGCUGGCAAAAUCCAAAACUGGCACCCUGUGCCUGCUGAUAAAACUUUCACUUUUGAAACAGUCGUUGGCGAGAAAGUGGUUUUGCGUGUUGAAGAACAAAAUCCCCAUGAAGGAGAGUGGGAGAGCCAGUUUUUGAAUAAGAAUCACAAGAGACGUCAUCCGCAAGAUCGUGAUGAAGACACUUCCUACGCAAAUUCAGGCGGAACUGGCCAGGAAGGCCCAUCAGGAAGGCCAGCACCCUACAACUCACGGCAUGGUGGCCGCCAUCAUCACGAAGACGGUCCUCGCCGUGGCGGAUCAUAUCGUGGACGUGGACGUGGGUCCGGUCCUAGAGGUAGAGGGCACUCAAACCGAGGGGGCCAACGUGGCAGAGGCCGUGGGCGCGACGCCGGACCUCCCCAAGGCUAUAGAUCGUUAGAUGAUUAUACUGGAUACGAUGGGCCGUAUGAAGAGAAGCCUGGUCCCGGGACUGGUGGCCCUGUGAUGAACUACUAG